UCCAGCUGUAGCGUCUUUUCACCCGGUCCCAAGAACCCAACCGUGACAACACGAGUUCAUGGUUUAUCUCCAUGCGCACAUUUCUCCCUUCAACCCCCUCCUCGGGUUGGGUGCAGGGUGUGUUUCUGGAAAUGGGACAGCCCUUUUCUUCUUCUCAGCUUUCCUCAUGUAGUGUAGUUGUACUAUUAAAAUCUGUGGAACCUCCCACACCCCACUGACUACAGCUUCACUCACCGCUGGGAUCUGAGUCUGUUUGUCCGCGUGUUUCACUACAGCUGAGCGUCUGACCGAUGCAGCCUGUCCCAUUCUCUGAAAGCCUGGACAUCACCUUCUACUUGGCAGUGCAAAGGGAUGUGAAUCUGUCAUGCUUUCUAAAUGUUGCGGGCCAGCGAGCCUGAUUUAUUCCACAUAUGGUCCGCCGACGGAGAGGUGUUUUUUCUUGGGAUUUGUAUAAGUUUUCCUGUUUACCUGGAAAGAGAGAGGGUCACACUCGAGUCAGCAAACUUACUCUCCUGCUUAGAAAAACAGUAAAUGAGAGAAGGCCAGACUGAGUCCCAGAGGAGACCGUUGGCUGACCUGAAGUGUUGGUGAGCAUCUGGAGGAGACAGCAGACAGACGUCAGCCAUGGCCAAGGGCUUCUACGUCAGCAAGAGCCUGGGGCUGGUUGGUCUGGUAACGGGGGCUGCGGCGCUGGUCACCAUUGUAGCCCUCUCAGUGGUCUAUGACCGGGAGAAGACCAGGAACACAAAAAGUCCUGCGGAUGAUGGGGUCACCGCAACCAUGGCCGUGUCAAUCUCCACAACUCAAUCCGUUCCCAAAGAUCCCUGGGACCACUACAGGCUGCCAGACGCUCUGUCCCCGGUCUCCUACAACAUUACCCUCUGGCCUCGGUUGCAGGUGAACCAAGAUGGCCUCUACAUCUUCACCGGCCAGUCGGCUGUGGUGUUUGAAUGUAAGAAGCCCACUGACCUGAUCCUCAUCCACUCCAACAAGCUGAACCUGACAUUGAUCAAUGGCCGCCAUGCCAGACUGACCGGCCUGGGCGGAGCCACGCCUCCCACCAUUAAGGACAGCUGGCUGCAGGUGGAGACAGAGUUCCUGGUGAUCCAGCUCAAUGGGAAGUUGUCUGCUGGGAAAAUCUAUAUGCUUUUUACUGAGUUUAAAGGAGAGCUGGCGGAUGACCUCGAAGGAUUCUACAGGAGCGAAUAUACAGAGGAUGGCGUUCUAAAAGUGGUUGCCACAUCUCAGAUGCAGCCCACGUACGCCAGGAAAGCUUUCCCCUGUUUUGAUGAACCCGCCAUGAAGGCUGUCUUCCACAUCACCUUGUUUCACGACAGAGGGACCGUGGCUUUGUCCAAUGGCCGAGACUUAGAGACCAUCAACACCACCAAAGAUGGCUUUGAGGUCACCAUGACCAGAUUUGAACCCACUGAAAGAAUGUCAACUUAUCUUCUUGCGUUUAUCGUCAGUGACUUCGAUCACGUCACAGGAUCAGUGGAGAACAGUAAUAUUUUGGUUCGUAUCUGGGCUCGGAGGAAAGCUGUGUCUGAAGGACAGGGAGACUAUGCUCUGAACGUUACCGGUCCAAUGCUGAGGUUUUAUGAGAAAUACUACAAUACCAGCUACCCACUGUCUAAGUCAGACCAGAUCGCUCUGCCUGACUUCAAUGCUGGAGCCAUGGAGAACUGGGGUCUAAUCACCUAUAGAGAGACAGCCCUGCUGUUCGAUUCUGAAAUCUCCUCAGUGGGAAACAAGGAGAGAGUUACCACCGUAGUUGCUCAUGAACUUGCUCAUAUGUGGUUUGGGAACCUGGUGACUCUGAGGUGGUGGAAUGACCUGUGGCUUAACGAGGGCUUUGCCUCCUACGUGGAGUACCUGGGGGCUGACUACGCAGAACCCACAUGGAACAUUAAAGAGCAGAUCAUCCUGUAUGAUGUUCACAAGGUGUUUGCUGUGGAUGCUCUGGCCUCCUCUCACCCUCUGUCCCGAAAAGAGGAGGAAGUCAAUCGGCCUGCAGAGAUCUCUGAAAUGUUCAACACCAUUUCCUACAGCAAGGGGGCUGCCGUCCUGAGGAUGCUGUCAGAAUUCCUAACGGAGCCGGUCUUUGCCAGAGGGCUAAGUUCUUACCUGAAUAAGUUUGCCUUCAACAACACCGUGUAUACAGAUCUGUGGGAUCAUCUUCAGAAAGCAGUCAUCAGCACUCCAGAGAUAAGGCUGCCUGACACGGUACAUAACAUAAUGAACCGCUGGGUUCUGCAGAUGGGCUUUCCUGUGGUCACCAUAGAUACCACCAAUGGAAAGAUUACCCAGAAGCACUUCCUGUUGGACCCUGAUUCUGUAGUGGAAAGGCCCUCGCCAUACAAUUACACCUGGUUUGUCCCCAUCAAAUGGAUGAAGGGAGGAGUUGAGCAAGAGCAACACUGGCUUCUACAGCGAGCAGAACACCACCUCCCCAUGAGAACAUCAGGAUCUGAGUGGCUCCUGGUCAACCUCAAAAUGUCUGGCUAUUACAGAGUUAACUACAACUUGGAAAACUGGGAACGGCUCCUCAACCAGCUCAACACAGACCACUUGGUAAUUCCUGUGAUCAACAGGGCUCAAAUACUGGAUGAUGCUUUCAAUCUAGCCAGGGCGAAGAUAGUCAACACUACAUUAGCUCUGAGGACCACCAGGUACCUGUAUCAGGAGCGAGACUAUAUCCCCUGGGAGUCAGCAAUCAGGAACCUCAACUAUUACAUCCUGAUGUUUGACCGGGGACCGGGCUAUGGGGCACUACAGGCUUACCUGAAAAAACAGAUCACCCCUCUCUUUGAACACUUCAGGACGAUUACGGCUAAUUGGACCAAAGUCCCCGUGGGCCACAACGACCAGUACAACCAGAUAAACGCCAUAUCGUUUGCGUGCAUGACUGGGGUGGAGGCCUGCAGGGUACUCACUAGGUCCUGGUUCAGAGAGUGGAUGAGAAACCCGCACAGAAACCCGAUUCAUCCCAACCUGAAGUCCACCGUGUACUGUAAUGCCAUAGCUGCAGGAGGGGUAGAGGAAUGGGAUUUUGCUUGGAUGAUGUUGAAGAAUGCCACCGUAGCCACAGAGGCUGCCAAACUGAGGGGGGCCCUGGCCUGUACCAAGGCCCCCUGGCUCUUGAAUAGGUAUUUGGAGUAUUCCCUGGACCCAGCUCAGAUCCGAAAGCAGGAUGCCACCGCCACUAUCAGCAACGUUGCUAGUAACGUGGUGGGGAUGCCUCUUGCCUGGGCUUUUGUCAGAGCUAGGUGGAGCUACAUCUUUUCAGAAUAUGGAGGAGGGUCCUUCUCAUUUUCUAACCUCAUCAACGCUGUGACCCGAAGAUUCUCAACUGAGUUUGAACUGAAGCAGCUGAAGCAAUUUAAAGAAGACAACGCCCAUGUGGGGUCUGGCUCAGGGACACUGGCUCUGGAGCAGGCUAUAGAGAAGACCUCCGCUAACAUCAGAUGGGUGGCGGAGAACCAGCAGCACAUUAUCAACUGGUUCACCAGUGAAUCUAGGUGAUUAUCUGACCCCACCAUACAUCCGUUGGGCCAAGCCACCGGGAUAGUGGGGUUCCUGCCUAUUAAACUGUCAGGGACGCAGCCUUCUGCUCGCUGAGGCUCUGGGGGAUGAAGGCAAACUGGCGAAUGACGAGAAGACCCACAUUGUGUCAUUACGAUGUAAUGGGAAUGUGCGUAGACAAUGGGUCAGGAUACAUGUGAAAUAUACCAAAAUUGUCAAAUAAUGUUUUUCUGAUGUUUUUUAAGUGUACUGUAUUUUAAUGCAUGACAUAUACGUAUAUGAAUGUUUUUGGAAUUCAGACAUGUGCAGGAAAUAUAUUAUUUGGCAUGUUUCUUUAUUUCUCAUGUAUUUAAAUUUUCUGGUAUGAUUUAUGUGCAUUCAUGUUGAUUGUCACUUUGUUUAUAAAUUGGUAUGUUUAUGCAUUAGAUUAUUUGAACAUGUUUAAAGUUCUGAGAAAGGGAGAAUAUACUUAUGAAUGUGAAGAUCUGAAUACAUUUAAAAUAUUACAAAGAUUGUUUAAAAUCUGAGAGAAAUAGCAUAUAAAUAUUAAGAUUUGAAAUAAAGUACAUCAAUAAAUGUCUUCAACUGAAGUCCAUAAUGGACAUUAAUCAUUUUCUUUCGAUACACUUAUUUUCUGAGUUCCCUAAUGGAGAAUACUGAAUAAAAAAUGAAUUCAC